GAAAUUUGGAUUGUUAGUGGUUGCCCCGUAGCUUUUGUGUAUGCUAGCUGUACGCCUUAUAAUUUCGUACAACCGCCGUCCUUAUUUUUCUUGUGCUCGCAUAACCGCGUCGCGUGGCUUAAUUCAGGUGCAGUGCGCUGCCGUGAACGCGAUAACCUAAAUUUUAAGAAGUUAGGUCUGUUCGUAUUCGUCUUUCCUCGCUAUGUCCGAACCCGCGGAACCCGCGGAACCUGGAGGAAGCGGUGGUGUUUCUUCCAAGACCGACCCAGAUAAGUACAAGUGCAGGAUUUGUGACAAGUGUUUCAAGAAAAUCUACAACUUAAAGAGGCACUUAAAGGAGGUCCACGGGGAAUCUGACGCGAGCUGGGUCACACUUCCCUUUGACAGUUACAGCUUUGCAUGUGAUCUGUGUCCAACAGCUUCUUUUGCGUUCCAUGGGGGCUUGCUGCACCACUUUGAAGCGAAACACGGGUUCGACGCGAGGCAUGAGAAGUUAGAGUUCAAUUCGUUAAAAGAAUUCAGUGACUGGAGGGAGGCUGAAGAAGGCAGAGAGCAUGCUCACUUCGUUCUCCGCAACGGACCCAAAAAACGACCAGGUAAUGUCCUGAAGAGGUAUUACUACUGCCACCGCUCUGGAUCGUUUCAGAGCACGAGCCGAGGUAAAAGACAACUGAAAACCCAGGGCAGUUGUAAGACUAAUGUGGAAUGCUUGGCCACUAUUCGAGUAACAGGGAAAGAUGGCAAGGUGACAGUAGAGUACCAGGCAGAACAUUACGGCCACCCGAAGGAACUGAAGCACCAGCGCCUCUCCAUGACUGAGAAGGAGGCUUUAGCUGAUAAACUAAAGCAAGGCAUUCCCGCCCGUAAAGUUCUGGUAGAUGCACGUUCUUUCGCUGGCAGUGAGAUGGGCAUGCUUCAUUUGCUCUCAAUGAAAGACAUUGGCAACAUCUCCGUCAAGCAUGAAAUUCUGACGAAAGAGCGACGGCACAAGAAUCAGUUUAAAAGUGUCUCAAUGUGGGUGGAGGAACCGAACAAACAGUCAUAUUCCCUAGUGCUGUACUUUGAUAUGGAGGAAGGAAAUGAAAAAGAGACCUUUGAGCUUGCCCUGAUGACUGUCCCUCAGAAAGAACUCCUCACAAAGCUGGGCCCCAAGUUCUUGUGCAUUGACUCCACUCAUAAUACAAAUGGCCACAAUCUGCAACUGACGACUCUCAUGACAGUCGCAGAAGAUCAAUCAGGCAUGCCAUGUGCAUAUUUGAUCUCAAAAAAACUAGACACCGAGACUAUGAAACGCUUCUUUAAAGCCAUAAAGGAAAAAAUUGGCAACCUCGAAUGCGAAGCAUUCAUGUCUGAUGAUGCUGCCGCUUAUGGUAAUGCAUGGGAGGAAGUGAUGGGCCCUGCCCAACACCGGAUGCUUUGCUCCUGGCACGUAAACCGCAACUGGACUCAGAAGUUGCAGUUAGUCCAAGAUAAGCAAACCCGUGACCGUCUUCGCGACGAGUUGUGGGCGCUGAGAAAUUGCAAAGAUGAGGCUAAAUUCUAAGAAGGUCUGACAGGCUUUCUCUGUCAGAAACUAAGUGAAGAGGCUGAUCCGAAACUAAUUCAACAAGUACAUGAGUUUCUUCAGUACUUUGAGCGCUACUAUGGUGGCAGAGCACAACAGUGGGCACUCUGCUUCAGAAAGGGCAUUCCUUUUAAUACUAACAACCACUUGGAGGCAAUGCACAAGGACCUGAAGUCACACUACAUGCAUGGAACCCACAACCAGAGGCUCGACAAGCUGUUGAUGAUCCUCUUCGAACUGACCCGUGACCGCCUCUACAAGCGUCUCAAGUCGCUCGUAAAAGGAAAAACAAAUCGGCAUGAUGCAGCCCUUUUUCGGAGGCACCAGGAGGGGAUCAAAAUUCCUGCAUCAGAUGUAGAACAGCUGCAAAAUGGCAAUGGCUGGCUUGUAAAGUCCCAGUCCCAGGCAGAGAGAAGCUACCAUGUUGAGAAGGGCGAUCCCUGCCAGAGUUGCGUGCUUCGCUGCAAGGACUGUGACAUCUGUAUCGACAGUUACAAGUGCACUUGCAAUGACAGCCUGAUUUCAGCGUCAAUGUGCAAGCACA